AUGAAAAAAAUUAAAGAUAUCCUUAUCUUGAUUAAUAUUUAUAUAUUAAUUUUAAAUGCAUAUUGUAAAGAAUGGUGUAAAGCUACUUUUGAAUAUGGUAAGUCUGAUUAUGCUGAAUGUAUAAGUGAAGGAGAUAGUAUUAGUAGAUAUAUGAUAGAAACUAUUCCAGUUUUAUCUAAAGAUGUAGAUUUAUAUAGUAAUGUUUCUUUAGUUCUUUCGAAUGGUUAUGGUUCUAAAACAAAGGAAAUAAUUAUAGGGAAUGAAAAUGAAGGUUUAUUAAAUAAGAUUUUUACAGUUCGUUCAGAUAUAGGAAAUCCUGAAUAUAUACAUAUAAAAUUAAAUUCACAAAAUAAAAAUUGGAAAUGUAAAAAGAUCACUGUUUGGAAGGAUUAUAAAUAUUGGGUUUUUGAUUGUAUUGGUUCAUUAAAUGAUAAGAAACCAGAGGGUACGUAUUUUUUAUCAGGAAAUAAAAUAUAUAUAGCUUAUGUACAAACAGGUAAAGAUAUUGAAGCUGCUACAACUGGUACUAUUGAAAUUAUUUUAUUAGGUAAUAAUAAACGAAGUAAUACUAAAGUAUUACAUGAAGGAUUUAAUUCUGGAGGUUUAAAAAAAAUAAAAUUUCAAGCAUCUGAUGUAGGGGAUUUAGAAGAUAUCAUUUUAAUUAAUAAUUCAUUAAAUGAUCCUUGGUAUUGUGAUUUUAUUAAAAUAAAAUCUGAUAACAACAACAAAAUUUAUAUUUUUAAUGUAAAGAGUUGGAUAGGUGCUCCUUAUGAUAAAAAUGUAAAGGUUAAUAUAAAAUCAGAUACUAUCGAAGGAACUUCUAAAGAUAUAGAUUGUCAUAUACGUGCUAUUGAUCUAAUUAAUACAAAUAAUAUAAAUAAAUUAUUACAAAAUAAAGUACAAAUAUUUAAAGUCAGAUGUCCACAAAAUUGUCAAAAUUCUGAAUUUGCUAUUAUUGAAGGAUCUUCUAUACAUCCAUCAUCUACAUCUAUUUGUGCAGCAGCUAUACAUGAUGGUUCUAUAUCACCUAGUGGUGGUGAAAUUAUUGUUACUGUAGCAAGUGAAUUAAAUCAUUAUUAUGCAAUAAAAGACAAAAUAUUCAAUGAAUUGGAAGCUCUUGAUUUUAGUACUAAAGCAGAUGAAAAAAAUUUUACUUUUUUUACUUAUCAUCUAGAUUCUAUAGAUGAUAUAAUUAGUAAUGUACGUAUUGUAGAUUCUUUUGGAAAAUUAUCAUCCUUAGGAAGAUUAGAAAUACGUUUAAAAAAUAAAAACAGCUGGGGUACUGUUUGUUUAAAGGGACCAAAUUUUCAAUUUAAUGAUGAUGCAGCUAAAAGAGCUUGUAAAGAUUUAGGUUUUCCUAAUGGUAUUCAUAUCAAAGAGAAUUGUUCAAAUUUAAAUGGACAAAAUUAUUGUGCUGGAUAUAAAUAUCCAUUUGCUUCAUCAGGUAUUUUAUGUACAGGUCAUGAAAAAGAUAUAUCAAAAUGUAAUGCUGAUGAUUUCUCACAUUGUGUAGAUCAUCAUGAUGAUGUUAUAGUUCAAUGCUUACAUUACUCAUCAAAUGAAUUAAUAAAUGAUGGUGCUAUUAGACUUGUAGAUAUUAAUGGAGCACCUUCAAAUACUGGUAUUGGAAGAUUACAAAUAUAUUAUCAUGGUGUUUUCGGAUCUGUUUGUUCAGAAGGAUGGGUUAAAGAAGCAGAAAAUAUUGUAUGUCAUGAAUUAGGUUAUAGUGGCUUAAAAGGAAAUGGUUUUUCUCAUCAUUCAUGUACAGAUAUAUCUGGUGAAAAUUUAUGUGGGCCAGAUACUGAAAAAAUAAAUGCUGUAAAUAUUAAAUGUAAAGGUGAUGAAAAAUUAUUAAAGAAUUGCCCUCAUGAAACACAUGAUGAUAUUUAUUGUUCUCAUGAUGAAGAUGUUAUAAUUGGAUGUAUUGCAGAUGAUAAUAAUUUACAUGGAGAAGAACAAAAUAGAAAACAUUUAAUAAAUUUGGAAAAAAAAAAAUUUCAUCCAAAGAUAGAAUUAACAUGUUUUGAUAAAAUGUUGUCGAAAUCUAGUUUAAGUACUGCUACAACAGGGGAUGUGUUUUUAGCUAGUUGUCCUGAAAAAUGUGAUGAAGAAAUAGGAAUUGUUAAAGGAACAUUUUUAUAUACAUAUGAUUCUCCUAUAUGUAAAUCAGCAAUUCAUUCAGGUGUACUACCGAAUAACAUAGCAGAAGAUAUAGUAAUAUCAAUUGGACAUACACAUACGAAUUUUAUAGGAACAAAAAGAAAUAAUAUAGAAUCUCAUGAUUUUAAUGGUACAUCUAAAAGUUUUACCAUUAGUAUACCAACUAUGUCUCUUUUAAGAGAAGAGAGAAAAAGUAAUGUAAAAUCAGAAGAUGAAAUUAUAAAUAAAAAUGAAAUAGAUUUUACACAUGAUCAUUCAUUUUUUUAUAAUAAAUUAGAUCAUCAUAUAAGUAGUUCUAUGAAACCAACAUUUCAAUGGAUUGCUCCUACAGGAUUUGUUGGAUUUAAUGGAAAAGAAAAUGAUUACAUAGAUUGUACGAAUUUGCCUAAUGAAAAAUAUAUUAAAAGUUUAGCUAGUUUUACAUUUAUUGUAUAUUUUACUUUAAGUGGAGGGGAAGGAACAUGGAGAACUAUCUUAUCUCAUAGUUUAUGUGAGGGAAUAUCUAUAUCUAUUAAUGAAGAAAAUGAAUUAAUCAUAGAACAAAAUUGUAAUCCACAUUUAAUUAAAAGUAAAUUUAAACCCCAGUUUGGACAAACCUAUCAUAUCACAGUAAUGUUUAAUAAAAUUAAUAAAACAUUAUAUUUAUAUAUAAAUGGAAAAAAAGUAAUAACAGAAAAAAAUACCUAUAACUUUACAUUAAGUGGGGAUUUAAUAAUAGGAAGAUCUAAUCAGACAACGAAAGAUUAUUUUAUAGGUAAUAUACAUUUAGUAGAAAUAUAUAAAUAUACAUUAUCAGAAGAAGAAAUAAAAGAAUCAUUAAAUUCAUCCUUAUCAUUAGAAUAUCUUAACACAAAUAUAUUAGAACAAAUGUCAAAUUCAAAAAAAGAUAAAAAAAAAAAUCAAAAAAAUAAAAAAGGAGUACAAAAAACUAUUGAUGGACGUGAUUGUGUUACACCAUGUAAAUCAAAACAUAUGAUAAAUAAAGAUUUACAAAUUAAUACUAAACAAAUUAAUUUAAAAUGUCAAGAUAAUUUACUUUCUGAACAAUUCAAUGGAAAAAUCGGUUCUCAGUUUUUAGUUAGUUGCUUAGAAAAUUGUACUAAAUCAAAAUUUUUUAUUAAAGGAACCAAUAAUUAUUAUACUCCUGAUUCAUCAAUAUGUAAAGCAGCCAUACAUGCAGGAAUAUAUAAACCACAUAUGGGGAAUAAAAAUAACUCUUUUGUUCUUAAAAUUGUAGAAGGAUUAUUAGAAUAUAAAUCUUCUAGAGGACAUUUUGGUAUUCUUAGUAAAUCAGAAAAACAAUCACAAUUAAGAUCCUUUUCAGUCCUUUCAGAAAAUCAGGAAAAUAUUUUUACAUGUUCUACUAAUGGACAAUUUAUAUUAAAUUUAUCAGUAGGAGAAAAAAGAACUAUUAAUUGCCCAUCAAAUUGCAAUAAAAUAAGGGACAAAAUCUAUGGAACUAAUAUUUAUAGUCCUAUAUCAGUAUUAUGUAAAGCUGCAAUACAUUCAGGCGCUUUAUCGAAUCAAGGUGGUAUAGUAGAAAUUAUUGUAGGCACAGGACAAGAAGAAUUUAAAGGAUCCACACAAAAUAAUAUAGAAUCAUUUUCUUCAAAUAAUCAUAGUAGAUCAAUAACAUUUAACAAACAUGUGGAAUUAUAA